GACGCUCAUAGUGCCAUGGGAGAUGUGUUCCCAGGUGACAGACCAUUAUCUUCCAUCCUGGGGGAACAUCCUGGAGAAUUAGUACGAACUGGUAGUCCAAAUUUUGUGUGUUCUGUCCUGCCAUCACAUUGGAGAUCAAACAAGACGUUACCUGUUGCCUUCAAAGUAGUGUCAUUAGGAGAUGUCAAAGAUGGAACUAAAGUUAUUAUACGUGCUGGAAAUGAUGAGAACUUUUGUGGUGAAAUUAGGAAUUAUACAGCCUAUAUGAAGAACAGAGUGGCCAAAUUUAAUGAUUUAAGAUUUGUGGGUCGCAGUGGUCGAGGUAAAACAUUCACUUUAACUAUAACAGUGUCAUCAAACCCACCACAAAUAGCUUCUUAUAACAAAGCUAUCAAAGUGACUGUAGAUGGUCCAAGAGAGCCAAGAUGUAAAACAAGUAAG